AUGGAGAAUUACGCCGCAAUUGCCGAGGCGAAUAAGCUGCGAAGAAAGCUGCAGAACCGGAAGAAUCAGAGAGCUCGUCGACAACGGAUCAAGGGUAAAGACUUUGAGAUAGAUCAGAUAUCCACUUCAUUUGAGGUCAGGCGCUGGCGUGUUGACGAGGUUAUUGAUGACUCUCCCCAAGAUGAGGAAAAAGACUCAACAGCCGUAUCUGUAUCCUAUCCUCCGUCCUAUACGCCUCACUGCACAAGGAAGGAUACCUCAGCUGUUGAACCGCCAUCAUCUACCGAUCAAAUCAUGACCAUACACUCAACACCCAAGCCCAUCAACGCCAACUUCCCCCUCCCGUCUGACCAGCUCCUCCAUCUCAUCCAAUUCAACGUCUACCGCGCCUUCAUAUCCAUCAAACGCACCAUAAACACAAUAUCACUAGACCCAACAACCUGUCCCGUCUUUGGCCCCUGCCUAGACGAUACAACCCGCUACCCCCCAAACCCCAAUAUUCCUUCUUCUUUGGCCCCUACCACACUGCAGCUAUCUCAAUAUCAUUUCCCCUGGAUCAACAUUAUGCCUUUCGCCCGCCUGCGAGACAAUCUUAUACGACGCGAAGGCCGGUUUGAUAAUUUUGAACUUUGGCGCGAUCUCGUUGGUGAUCUCAUGAGCUAUACUGCUGCGCCUUGGCAGCGAGGAACACCGUUUAGCUUCUCUGCCAGCACCGAACAACCGCGAGGCCUGGCCUUGGAGAAUUAUGUAGAUACAGACGAACUCACGGCCGGACGCAACGGACUUAUUAUUUGGGGUGAGCCGCAUGACACGCAGAGUUGGGAGGCAACACCUGGUUUUCUGACGAAGUGGUCAUGGGCAGUUGAGGGCUGUGAAGAGCUCGUGGAGAUCAGUAAUCGCUGGAGGAUGAGAAGAGGGGCGGAGCCAAUGCGCCUGUCAAUGUCGACAUUGGAGACGAAUGGCUGA